UUUUCGCUGAGAGAAGCUUUUUCACUACACGGCAAGGGAUAUUUCUUAUAGCAAGACGAAGCUAGCCAGCCAGCCACCACAGUUACGCCACAACGCCAAACGUCAUGAAGCAAAGUAUAUCCUUACUCUGCCUGAUUGGAUGCGUCGCCAUCUGCGCUUAUUCUUCCGACACGGAAAAGAACCAGCAGACACUGGAAGUUGCAAAUGACGACGGUUCGCGCAGUCUGAACUUGACAGCUGUCUAUAUGGAUAAAGCGUUGCACGCCAUUUCUCAAGGACUGCGAGACACUGCGCAACAAUUGGAGCAUGCUGCAGAUGAGAACGAAUACUUCUUCAAGAAUCUAUGGAAGAACACAAAAAAAGUUCUGAAGGAAGCUGGGAAGGUCAUCGGGAACACUGCGAAGGAAGUCGGGAAGGCUGUAUGGAAGACUGCGAAAGUUGUCAUCAAAUCCAAGGCAGCUGAUCUGACAAAAAAGUUCCUGAAAAAGAAGCUCGGAGGGUCUGGCGAAGAAAACGACACACAUGAAGAGGCUGAAGAGAACUAGAAGGAGGAAGUGGAAGGAAUAGCAAAAAUGGCUUCCUGCAGGGCCUGGCCGAUGAACUCGAACUUGUAUACUAUGCCUAAAUUUUAAAGGGAACACAACUUUGCUCUUGUUUGUCUAGGAUUUCGCAGAAUAUUUGUCUAAGAUGACGUUGAAGCUUUUUCAACGAGAGCCUCGAAGAACAAAUUACUCCACUCUUUUCGUUGACGGGCUCUAAUAUUCCGACUAAUUCUCUUUCAUUUUAUUUAGGGUUUUGCUGGAGGCAAGCUACCAAUUUCUUGUGUAAGCCUUCCGUGCAAACUACCGCUGCAGUUAGGAGCUUUUUUUCUGACCUAAUAUAAAGGACACAUAACCUGUGGCUCUAAUUUAGUGCAAUUAUACACUAGCUAUGUCAUUAGUGGGCGUUUGUUCUGCUCAAACUUUUUGCUGUACGUCACCUUACGAAGUAUUUCAAUAAAAGCAUAGGCUAAUUUGAAAGAGAGAGAGAGAGAGAAAGAGAGAGAGAAAGAGAGAAAGACGUGAGUGAAAAACAAAGUUUUGCUGACGUAUGUAAGGUACCUAAAUGGUCUGCUGUAUAGCGGAAGAGGAAGUUUAAAGGACAGUUUUUGUGUAUUCACUGUACCUUAUCCAACUUCGCUCACUCAUUCACGCAAAUAAGGUGUUUUUUUAUCGUACACAAACUUUCACGCAAGCAUCAGUUUUUUAUUAAAUUUUUAAAAUAAACGUUGAGAUCGGAUUGAUUGGUAUGUGAAAAACACCCACGCAAGAUAGACAUUGAGAUAAAUAAACAUGAAAUUAAACUUUGAAAUAAACAUUAUUUCAGCUCACAUGUUGCUUGUAAAAAGUCUAUGCAAAAGCAACUCCGAGUUUAAUUCAAAAAGAAGUUCGUAUAUCUUAGUGACGUCAUUGCGAAUAAUAGGUGAUGAUGGCGGCCUUGUUUUUCGCCUCACCUUUCUGUGCUCCUGAAAAUAUCUGGGUCAAAUAAUAAACAUUCAGUUGGCAGUA